AUGAACGGCCCGGGGGUGGCGACCCGCGGUGGCUCCGUGCUGGCCGCGGACCUCCCGGUUCGGCUCUACAUGCGGGCGCUGCGCCAGUACCAGAAGCUGGUUGAUCUCAAGCGAUUCGCAUCGAAGGAAAAAGUCGCUUCUGGUAAAGAUGAGGAGCGCUGGCGCGGUAAAGAGGACGGCGCUCUGUUUAAGCGGUGGAGACGCCACGCACCCUCGGAAACCUCCCCAGUUUCUGCCCCAGUGUCACCAACAUCGCAACCAACGGACCUCUUGAAAUUCUUAGCUAUUAAUGCACUUGAGCUGUCUGCCCCGGCAUCUGACGCUUUGCUGAAGACUCGUUCGUCGGAAUGGUUCCAGUUAUCCGGCCAUCCAGGGUCCUUGGCUCCAGCCGGUCCUGGCACUGUCUGGAAACGGCGUUCGCCCGGCGACCACCCCUCUCACAACCCCGAGAGAGACGCCUACGUAGCUUUGGCCUCCUGCCCCCAUAUGCGCUCUGCCAUACCUCGCUACUACAGGGAAUUAGAAUAUGGUGGAGAGCAUUUCAUUGAACUCCAAGAUCUCCUACACGGAUUCCGUGAUCCUCACGUGAUGGAUAUCAAAAUGGGAACCCGAACGUUCCUCGAAGACGAAGUAAGCAAUGCUCGGGCUCGCGUAGAUCUCUAUGACAAAAUGGUUAGGCUCGACCCAAACGCACCAACUGAGGCCGAACAUGAAGCGCGUGCUGUUACUAAACUGCGAUACAUGCAGUUCAGAGAGCAGUGCUCGUCGUCUGCUGAACAAGGGUAUAGAAUCGAAGCUGUAAAGCUGCCCGGCCAGCCGCCGCUGACUGAUCUCCAGAAAGUGCGUGAACCUCAACAGCUCACCGCCACGGUUGCUAGGUUUUUUGGACACGACGAACGCGCCCGCCGCGCGAUCGCCUCUCGUCUUCGUGAUAUAAGAGAACUUUUUGAAAAUUCUGAAUUCUUCCGAAGCCACGAGAUAGUCGGAAGCAGUAUAUUCAUAAUUUACGAUGAUGAAAGCGUCGGGGCUUGGCUGAUCGAUUUCGCGAAGACGCGCCGCCUUCCAGAAGGUGUCAGCGUGACGCAUCGCAAGCCGUGGGAGCAAGGGAAUCACGAAGAGGGCUUUCUCUACGGACUGGAUAGGUUAAUAGAGACCAUAGAGACGGCGAAAUUGCCAGAAGUGUGUGUUGAGCCCGACGUGUCACGUUGA